GCUCUCUGCAUGUCGCCUCUAUACAACACCUAAACCCUCUACUACAGGCAGAAGAGGGGCGUGGUGCUACCUGCAAGCUGCGCUGCUAUUGGCUGAUGAAUAGAGAGGCGUGGCUUCUAUUAGCAUUCGGAAGCCUUGAUGUUGAGCUCGAGAAGGACAAUAGCGGCGGAGCGGAGAGAAAUGACUGCACAGUCUGGAGCACUGAAACACCACAAAUGCGGAUAGAGGAAAACACACACACACACACACACGCACACACACACACACCGGUAUUUGGGACAGAAGGGAAUGUCUGGUGUUUACUGAGCACGGGGUGUGUUUGCUUGAACGGAGGGAAUAAGAAACACGGACUGAUUUAAUGUAACGUUAAGGAGUUGCCAGCACUCUCACUCUCCACACCUGCUCCUGUGGAAAAAUGAGCUCCUCUCCUGUCGUGUCUCGGGUGUCUGUCGACAUCCUGGAGGAGCUGCAGCUCUUCACCGCUCAGAACCUGGAGAAACUCGAGGUUAACAAGUACUAUGAAGUUAUCCGAGAGCUGGGCAAAGGCACCUACGGCAAGGUGGACCUGGUCAUUCAUAAGAUCAGAGGUACCAAGAUGGCACUAAAAUUCCUCAAGAAGAAAACCACUAAGCUAAAGAGUUUUUUGAGGGAGUACAGCAUCUCACUGUACCUCUCCCCAUGUCCCUUUAUAAUCAACAUGUUCGGUAUUGCAUUUGAAACUGAGGAUUACUACGUGUUUGCACAGGAGUAUGCCUUAGCAGGGGAUCUCUUUGACAUCAUUCCUCCACAGGUGGGACUUCCAGAGCCUGUGGCCAAGCGUUGCAUCCACCAGGUGGCCCUUGCCUUGGACUACCUGCACUGUAAGAAGCUGGUGCACCGUGACAUCAAGCCAGAGAAUGUGCUGCUCUUUGACAGGGAGUGCCGCAGGGUGAAGCUCUCUGAUUUCGGCAUGGCACGGUGCGCCGGCUCUGUGGUGAAGCGUGUCAGUGGCACCAUCCCAUACACAGCUCCCGAGCUGAGUGAUGCCUCCCAGCGCGAUGGCAUCUGUGUGGACUACAGCACAGAUGUGUGGGCACUGGGUGUCCUUCUUUUCUGCAUGCUUACUGGCAACUUCCCCUGGGAGAAGGCUGUGCCUUCGGAUACGUUCUAUGACGAGUUUGCACGCUGGCAGCGGAGGCCGACAGGCACGGUCCCCUCGCAGUGGCGCCGCUUCAGUGAUGAGGUGCUAAUCAUGUUCCGCAAACUACUGGCCCUGGAGAGGGAGCGCCGCUGUUCCGUCAAGGAGGUGUUCGCCCAUUUCGGCCAACGUUGGAUGCUGGAUGGAGAAGCAGGAAGAGGCGGGGGAGGAGGACACCACCAGGUGGCGCACAGCUCUUCAUCUUCAGAGGAGGAGCUGUUGGUGGACCGGAUGAAACAACAGACCCUAUCACCGGGCAAGAAUGGCCCAGUGGAAGCAGGAAUGGCUGCUCAUCACUUCACCUCAGUGUCCACCAACAGCUCGGUGUCAUCCACUACCAGCUAUGAGCGCAUGCCCAGAGACAACGCCACCAGCAGCCGCAUCCUCGUCACUACACCGAUCGAGAUCUGUGUGUAG